AGCUAAGCAUAUUUUGAAUAAUCCUACUGCUCCUCCUUUUAAUCUACGAGAUGUAAUAGUGCCAAACUAUGAUUUUCCUAAUGAAGUUUAUGACGAAGAUUUCUAUUGUAUUAGAUUGAUAGCUGAAUUUGUCUAUCUCUUUACUGAUAGAAAAGUCACUUUCAUGAUACGUUAUAUCAAUCAGUUGAUGAUAGAUUCUGUAACAAACUUACAGCAAGUACAUCAAGUUAUGGCUGAUAAAUAUUGA